UACCAAAUGAUUAUGCAACACACUUACAGCCAUAAACACACUACUACAGGCUACAGCCAUAAACUCGCCCCCUGCUGUGUCUCAACCUUCACCGUGUAUCCAUGGCGGUUUCGGGGUUGAGAAGUGGCGGUUUGCCUUUGCUCCACCAUCAUCAUCAUCAUCAUCGUUUUCCACUAGCUCCUCCUUCCUUCGUGAAGCUCAAUGGCCACUCCAAUUCAAAGAGCUUCAUUCUCUUAGCUCGCUAUGGACAAGCUCAAGACGUUUCUUCCUCCUCUCGUCAAUUCCAAGAUAGAAUUGAAAACCUGCCCAAGCUGGUGGAAGAUAUUCUUCAGACAUCCAUAAAUACAGGUCCUAGGGGUGUCCUUAGGCUGGCUCAAGGGGUGCAAGCUUUCAUUGGGGUGGGUCAAGAGUGGUUAACUGAUGUCUCAAAGUCACCAAAUUCAUCUGCUGGGUUACCAACUGAAAUGCAGCUUGGUUUACUGUCCCCCUUUUAUUUGAGGAGGUUGUUUGAACGCUUGGGGGCAACCUACAUCAAAUUAGGUCAGUUCGUAGCAUCAGCGCCGACACUGUUCCCAGCUGAGUAUGUGCAAGAAUUCCAGAAUUGUUUUGACAGAGCCCCUGCAGUUCCUUUUGAGGAAAUUCAAUCCAUAUUGCGUAAGGAACUAGGAAGACCAAUAGAAAGUGUUUACGAAUAUGUAGAUCCGAAACCCCUUGCUUCUGCCUCUAUAGCACAGGUUCAUGGUGCAAGGCUAAAAGGUUCGCAGGAGGAUGUGGUUAUAAAGGUCUUAAAACCAGGAAUAGAGGACAUAUUAGUCGCAGAUCUUAAUUUUGUCUAUGUUGUUGCUCGGAUAUUUGAGUUCUUGAAUCCUGAAAUAAGCAGGACAUCACUGGUUGGCAUUGUCAAAGACAUACGUGAGUCUAUGCUUGAUGAAGUUGACUUUUACAAAGAGGCUGCAAAUAUUGAGGCUUUCAGGAGAUAUUUAGAAGCAAUGGGACUCACAGGUCAAGCAACAGCUCCAAAAGUGUAUCAAAACUGCAGUACACGACAAGUUUUAACGAUGCAAAGACUAUAUGGAGUUCCUCUUACGGACUUGGACUCCAUAAGUUCCUUAGUUUCUAAUCCAGAAACCAGCCUGAUAACUGCUCUGAAUGUGUGGUUUGGAAGUUUGCUUGCAUGUGAAUCUUUCCAUGCAGAUGUUCAUGCAGGAAAUCUGUGGCUUCUACGUGAUGGCCGUAUUGGAUUUCUUGACUUCGGAAUUGUUGGUCGUAUAUCUCCGAAAACGUGGGCUGCUAUGGAAAUCUUCCUAGGUUCAAUUGCCAUUGAAGAUUAUGACUCAAUGGCAUCUGCAUUAAUUCAAAUGGGUGCUACAGACAGGGAUGUUAAUGCUAAGGCCUUUGCCAGAGAUUUGGCGAAAGUAUUCUCAUCAAUUAAGGAGUUAGACACUGAAAUAGUUGUAGCAACUACGAGUGGACCAGCAACUGCUGUCGCGGCUAAUAUUGUUGUUGACGAGAGGCAGAUGAAUGCCCUCUUUCUUGAUGUGGUUCGGGUUAGUGAAUCUUAUGGACUAAAGUUUCCUCGAGAAUUUGCACUUCUCCUGAAGCAGCUUUUGUACUUUGACCGGUACACGCGGUUGUUGGCUCCCAAUUUGAACAUGCUGCGCGAUCAGAGGAUUUCUAUUACCUCCAAUAGAAGAACCAGAUACUGAGAGAAUUUUUAAUGAGUGGACUGGGUACAUAAAAUAUAGAUGUAUACCCCAUUUUAGUUCAAAGGAUUUUUAUAUGUAUUGGUACUUUUGUAUAUAUACAUAUAAAGUAGUCAAUUGUUGUCCUGUAAGGGCUGUGAGCCUGUGACAUUAAAAUUGAUACAAAAAUAAAUCCAUAGUGUGGAGUUCACUUUCUGAUA